GAGGAGGUGGAUACUGUAGAUCUCUCUCUCUCUCUCUCUCUCUCUGAGCAACUGUGGAUAUUUACAUCAUUUUCCCCCUCCAUUAUGUUUUCAUUGUUCCUUGUGUAGCGGUGGGAAGCGUGGAAUCGGGGGUAGCAACGUUGCUGGAAGAAGAUGGAGGGUCUCCAGCCCACCACCUGCUCUCAUGCUGCGUCCCCAGACUGGGAUCCACAAACCAAGCGCACAAUCACUGCUCUGCAGUAGCAGCCAGGGACCCCACUCAAUGAUCAAGCAGACGGCAAAGAAAAGCUGCUUUGGAAAAAUAUAUACACACACACACGCAUGCAAGGACCUGCUUGUGCUCACUGGUGGCUGGGUUGCCACCGAUACAGCAUGUGAAGAGAUCCACUUUGGAGCCCUGUGAGACCGCUCAGACCACAUCGGCCUCACCAUGAACCCCAUGGCGCAGCUGUACUACAAGAAGGCGAGCUACUCGCCGUACCGCGACCGCAUCCCGCUACAGAUUGUGCGCGCCGAGGCCGAGCUGUCGCCGGCCGAGCGCGCCUACCUGACAGCGGUGGAGAAGGGUGACUACGCCGGCGUCAAGCACGCGCUGGAGGAGGCCGAGAUCUACUACAACAUCAACGUCAACUGCCUGGACCCUCUGGGGCGCAGCGCGCUGCUCAUCGCCAUCGAGAACGAGAACCUGGAGGUGAUGGAGCUGCUGCUGAGCCACGGCGUGCACGUGGGCGACGCACUCCUCUACGCCAUACGCAAGGAGGUGGUCGGCGCCGUCGAGCUGCUGCUCUCCUACCGGCGGCCCAGCGGCGAGAAACAGGUGCCCUCCAUGAUGAUGGACACGCAGUUCUCCGAGUUCACGCCGGACAUCACACCCAUCAUGCUGGCGGCGCACACCAACAACUACGAGAUCAUCAAGCUGCUUGUGCAGCGCAAGGUGACGGUGCCGCGGCCGCACCAGAUCCGCUGCGACUGUGUGGAGUGUGUGUCCAGCUCGGAGGUGGACAGCCUGCGCCACUCGCGCUCGCGCCUCAACAUCUACAAGACUCUGGCGUCGCCGUCGCUCAUCGCGCUCUCCAGCGAGGAUCCCAUCCUCACCGCCUUCCGCCUGGGAUGGGAGCUUAAGGAGCUCAGCAAGGUGGAGAACGAGUUCCGGCAGGAGUACGAGGAGCUCUCGCACCAGUGCAAGCUCUUCGCCAAGGACCUGCUGGACCAGGCACGCAGCUCGCGCGAGCUGGAGAUCAUCCUCAACCACCGCGACGACCACAGCGAGGAGCUGGACCCACGGGAGUGCCGAGACCUGGCCAAGCUCAAGCUGGCCAUCAAGUACCACCAGAAGGAGUUUGUGGCUCAGCCCAACUGCCAACAGCUGCUGGCCACCCUGUGGUACGACAGCUUCCCGGGCUGGCGCCGCCGCCACUGGGUGGUCAAGCUGGUCACCUGCUUCGUCAUCGGGCUCCUGUUCCCCGUCUUCUCCCUGGUCUACCUGCUGGCGCCCAAGAGCGCCCUGGGCCUCUUCAUCAAGAAGCCCUUCAUCAAGUUCAUCUGCCACACCGCAUCCUACCUCACCUUUCUCUUCCUCCUGCUGCUCGCCUCGCAGCACAUCGUUCGCACCGACCUGCACGUGCAGGGCCCGCCGCCCACCGUGGUGGAGUGGAUGAUCCUGCCCUGGGUGCUGGGCUUCAUCUGGGCCGAGAUUAAAGAGAUGUGGGAUGGUGGCUUCACGGAAUACGUCCACGAUUGGUGGAACCUCAUGGAUUUUGCCAUGAAUUCACUCUACUUGGCCACCAUAUCUCUGAAAAUGGUCGCUUACUUCAAGUACAACAGCUCUCGCCCACGUGAGGAGUGGGAGAUGUGGCACCCGACACUCAUCGCUGAGGCCCUGUUCGCCAUCGCCAACAUCUUCAGCUCGCUGCGCCUCAUCUCACUCUUCACUGCCAACUCGCACCUGGGCCCGCUGCAGAUCUCGCUCGGGCGCAUGCUGCUGGACAUCCUCAAGUUCCUCUUCAUCUACUGCCUCGUCCUGCUGGCCUUCGCCAACGGCCUCAACCAGCUCUACUUCUACUACGAGACGCAGGCGUCCGACGAGCCCAACAACUGCAAGGGCAUCCGCUGUGAGAAGCAGAACAAUGCCUUCUCCACGUUGUUUGAAACUCUACAGUCACUUUUCUGGUCAGUGUUUGGGCUCCUCAACCUGUAUGUCACCAACGUUAAGGCACGACACGAGUUCACGGAGUUUGUGGGUGCAACCAUGUUUGGCACUUACAAUGUCAUCUCCCUGGUGGUGUUACUCAACAUGCUCAUUGCCAUGAUGAACAACUCAUACCAGCUCAUAGCGGACCAUGCUGACAUCGAGUGGAAGUUCGCUCGAACGAAGCUGUGGAUGAGCUACUUUGACGAGGGGGCCACGCUGCCUCCCCCCUUUAACAUCGUCCCCAGCCCAAAGUCGGUGUGGUACCUGUGCGUGUGGGUGCACAGCCGGCUGUGUGCGAAGGGACAACCCAACCCGGAGGAGCAGAAGAAACACGGCAACUUCAAGGAGAUAACGGAGCGUCAUGCUGACAACCUCAUUCAGAAUCAGCAUUAUCAGGAAGUAAUUAGGAACUUGGUGAAGAGGUAUGUUGCUGCAAUGAUCCGCAGUGCAAAGACUGAUGAAGGCCUGACAGAGGAAAACUUCAAAGAGCUGAAGCAGGACAUCUCCAGCUUUCGCUACGAGGUGCUGGACCUGCUGGGCAACCGCAAGCCACCCCGUCGCACCUACUCGUCCAGCAGCGACGCCACACAGCAGGAUGAGGACCCCACCGACGACCUUAAAGCCAAAAGCCCCAAGGGCGUAUCCUUCAGCCUCUCCUUGUCGUCCGACAAACGCUCCCGGGACUCAGAGUUUGGCGUGUCGGCGCUCUUCCACUCCAUGUCGGGCACGACGGAGGGCUCAGCCAUGGAGGGUCCAGCGACAGAGGACAACAACGACAGCGCGCCGGACAACGACAAGAAACCAAAGAGCAACGGCCUGCGCAAGUUCACAUGCUCGUCCUCGUUCAUACGCAACGGCGGACGCCUGCAGCGCUUCUCGCGCUCCAAGAAGGACUCGCUGCGGCGCCUGGGCCUGCUCUUCUCCCGCAUGAACGGCCACCUGCCCGAGCCCGCCAGCUCCUCGCGCUCCGCCUACAGCAUCUCGGACGGCGUGGACCUCCGCAUGGCAGCCGAGCCCCUGCAGGUCACGCGCAGCGAGAUGCACCUCCACCGGCUGGCGGGGCUCGGGCUGGACGAGAUGGUGGGGGCGCACGCUGACGCGCAUCACAACACGUCCCAGCAGCAACGGCACCACCGACAGCAGCUAGAGCAGCAGCAGCAGCAGCAGCAGAGGCAGUCCAACGGGCGGGACGGCGCCCUGCUCCUGCGGCCGCCGUCGGCGGGGCAGCCCCUGGCCCUGGGGCCCCUGCACUGUGCUUCCACUAUCACGGCGUCCAGCUCGCGCCUGCUCAGCUCCAGCGAGGACAUGUACGAGGGCUGGGUGGGGACUUGCGACAGCCUGGGGUCCAUCAGCUGGACAGGGGACCAGGAGGAGUCGGUCACCACCCAGCUCUGAGACCUUGAUUUGGCAGAGUGACUUCAUCAUUUUUUUUACUGCAUAAAAAGCAUGGGCAUGCACUCUUAAGUCCAGGACGAAAACAGAGAAACUCUUGGUUUGGCAAGCCAAGGCGACACAACAGGGACAUCACUAUACUCCUAUAAGAGGUGUUCAGUAGCCCAGAAAAAAAAAAAAAAACUUUACUGGUUGUGAACAGGAGAAACUGAGAGAAACACAUUUACUCUACCUGCAAGAUAUUACUGGCAAAUAAUUAGACUUAACAUACUGUAUUUAUUGGAAAAAGCAAGCUUAGUUUAUGGCAAUACGAUAUAGGUGCAUAUUCUGAACUCAUUGCAUUUUUAUUUUUAUUUGUAUUUUUGUCACUUCAGUGCAAAUUCUGUCAUGUCCAGCUUCAGCUGAUUGAGAUGUUGAGUGUCAGAGAGUGAAUGAGUCUGGAAGUGCAUUCUCCCUUUGACUGUGCCAAAGCUUCACAUUUAAUGUCUAAUCCAGCAUGGCACCAUUCAUAAAGCUAUCACAUCCAUUAGUUUGUGCAAUGUCUGCUUUUUCUUUUCAUUUUCUGACAAGCUUGUGACUAACUAUGGCAACCAUGUUGACUAGGUGAGGAUUGAAGUACAGCUUAGACAGCUAGAAUAUUCCGUUUUGGAUUCCGUGGGUACAAAUGACCACUGAGACUGUGUGAAGAAAGCUGCCUCAUAGUCCAGGCAAAGUAACUCAUUUUGGAGGCAAAAAUAGCAUAGAUUAUUUCUAUGAGGUUUUCAUGAACAACAUACUAAAAGUCCUAUAGGAAAUCCUAGUUGAGGAAAUAUGUUUAAUUCUCAUCAAUCCAAGAUUUUUUCCUUUAUUCCUACCACAAUAAAACUUUACACAAUGAAA